GAUUCUUGCUUUUCAAUAACUUUUGAUGAUCAUUGACGAAAAUUAUGAAAAAAUAUUUUUGUUGCCACAAACAUGACAAAAUGCAAAAAUAUUUCCAUUGUGAUAAUAUUUCCCUAGUUCUAAUCAAUAAUAGACCGUGGUGAAAGCCCGCAGACGGGGACUACACAAAAUCAUUUUCGACAGUAUUAAUUCAGAUAUUGAAUCAUGCGCUAAGGUCCUUCAGUAUGCUGAUAAAGUAAUUUAUCACAGAGCAAUGUAGAGUGAAUUCCUUUGUAUACAAAAGUAUCGGAGUAUAAUCAUGACAGCGAUUGUCCCAGCUGCUGUGAUGGAGAUGAUUCACUGAUGAUACAGGGAUGUAGGCAGUGAGUAGGGCUUCACUCUCGUCUCACCGCUACUUUACUCAUGUAGGACUGGUGCACAGUGACAAAUUCAGGUGUUGACGAUGGAAGUGAGCUGUGACCGGCACUAACUGUAGACAAUGGGAGCUAACUCCUCCCUGCCUGAGAGGACACAGGCAACAGCAAGGUCUGCCUUUGCCCGCCUCUCUCAGGCCUAUGUUGUGUCCGACAGUGAACUUAGUGCACGCGACAAAAAGAAAAAAGCAUCCAAAUUUGCAACACUUCGUAAAAAGCUGAUACGAGCAAGACGGCACAGUCGAUCGUUGGAUUAUGGCAAAGCUUUACGAGAAUUAAUCUCCACAUGGCAUGUUCGUGAUGUAAGUGCGUUGGUUCAUGAGUAUGAGGCUCUUGCAGCAUUGAAGGAGUUGGCAGCAGCAGCAAGUCUUGCUCGACCCAUUGCCCAUACUCUGCGCCAGGACCUAGCAACUCUCUAUGAAUAUAAAUUCUGCACUGAUGUGGAUUUGAUAUAUCGUGGAGCCUGUUUUCCAGCUCACAGAUCAAUCCUGUCAUUAAGAAGUCCAUUUUUCAGGAACCUGUUGUCUCAUCAUCCAGACUAUGGUGCAUCAAUACUAGUCAAGUUGAAAACACCGCGAGUGGAUAUUCACCUGUUUUCAGCCUUGUUACGGUAUCUCUACACAGACGAGCUGAACACACAAGAACUGAGUAUAGAGACAAAUGAGAUCCUGCCACAACUUGCGGAAGAGUUCGGGAUCCCAAAUCAGCUGGAACAUGAUCUAAAGGUGCUGCUGGACAACAGUGAAAACAGUGAUGCUGUGUUAGUCUUUUCCUCUGAGAAUGACCAGGCCGAAAUGCUUGGAGCCAGUCUGGCCGAGGCCUCUCAAUCUAUGCAUUGUUCAAACCGGACGUCAAAGUUGGAGUUCCCUUGCCACAAAGCCAUCUUGGCAGCAAGGUCUCCAUUUUUCAGGAACUUGAUCAUCAGACGAGCUCGAUCUGGUGAGGAACUGACAGAACGAGCGCUGCAUACCCCAUCUAGGAUAGUAUUAGAUGAGUCUGUGAUCUCGCGGAGGUAUGCGAGGGUUCUGCUUAACGCAGUGUACCAGGACACAGUGGAUUUGUCAUGUAUUGUGCGGGGCAGCUCCAGCAUGUGCAGUCUCAGUGAGGUCCAGGCCAUGGUGUCCAGUGGGCGAUGUCAGAUGACCAUUGUAGACGAAGCAAUGGAGAUCUAUCAGAUAGGACAGUUCCUCGACUUCCCCAUUCUAUCUCAGGGUUGUGAGGACAUCAUCGUGGACAGCCUGUCACUAGACAACCUGACGGCAGUGUUGAACUGGAGUUCGGAACCCCACGGGUCGCGCUGGGUCCACCGCCAAGCCAUGCACUUCCUGACAGAGGAGUUCCUGCAGUUGGCCCACUCCCCGGGCCUGGUGGACCUCAACAAGGAGUACCUCCUGGAGGCCCUGCGCUCCGACUUCCUACAGGUUGGGGAGCUGGAUGUCCUGACGUCCGUGUUGAAGUGGGGAGAACAUCAACUUGUUCGGCGGAUCGAGGAAAGAGAACCCAAUCUCCUGAGUCACACAGCGCACAGUGUCACAAAGAAAGGUGUCAAGAAACGGGACUUAAAUGAUGUCGAGUUGAGAGACAUUUUAGCAGAAAUGCUGCCAUUGGUCCGAAUGGAUCAUGUGAUACCUUAUAACAAUGACACUUUAAACAAUGCUAUCAAGCGUGGCCUUGUGAGCACCCCUCCUUCCCACAUGAUUGGGGAUGAGUCUACAGGGCAGAGAAUGUGUGCCUGGGUGCGUGGCAAGAACAAUGGCGUGUUUGUCCGACCACGGUUAUUUACUCCAUACUAUGAGGAGGCUAAGUCCAUCCUUGAGGAGCAGUUGUCUCAGGCCCACGAGCAGGAUGCAGGCCGGGUGCGGAUGCUCAACAUCUCAUCCAUCCCCGACACACUUUACAUGGUAGAAGACAGACACUAUGCCAUGCCCUAUGCCCUGGCCCCUGCUUCUACAGUCGAUAUCAUCGCAGGGACAAUACCAGUGCCUGACCGAAAUACAUAUGUGACGAUGCUUCAACGCGAGGCAGAGCUACAGAGAUCAAAAGUUGCUCAACGUGCGUACUCUCUGCCCUGUUCCGACAAGCGGGCGGUGAGCUUCCAGAUACAACUGCGUGUGGUGCGGGAGUUCGGCAUGCCCGACAGCACGACGGAGGUGAUGACCAACAGUCAAUACUACUACACAGAGGACACCCACUAUGCCGAGAGGCGGUACAUCGCAUCCCCCACACGGCAGAAGCACAGUCCAGCAGUCUCUCUGUCUCCCCCUGGAUCCUACAGCCCAGUAGAGAAUGAGGCCAGCAGUGACAGUGUUCUCAGUGACAUGAUGCCAGACAUUGCCAUGGCAACUUCCUCUAUGAGUCAGAUGCACAUGCACGAAGACUUUGAGCUAGACAUUGGUGAUGGAGGCAGCCGGCAUGGCACUCUGUACAUCUGACAGAGUUGCUUCCCUUUCUGUAGGUGGUGGCCAACGCCUUAGUCACAGACGGACAGAUCAACCAGAAGGGGAGUGCCCACACCAAAUCAUGAUCUGUUAGGAAAGUCAACUUCAUACGCGCUACAAGGCACUGAUUGGGUUAUUAACAAAAUGUGACAGUUACUGUGGUCACUUUGUUGCAGUCUGCAGUGGGAUGGAGUUUCUGCAGACGAUUGGUAUCUUGCUAAUAGAAGAACAACUGGAAGUGAACAUUUUUGCCUAAGGAUGCCGAACCAAUGUAUGCCAUGGCUCAAUAUCAAGCACAGAAGAGUCCAAUAUUUCAUGACUGAUUUAUGUGAUUACAGGGGGUUUGUUUGGGGGAUUUUUCUUAAAGGUUAACAUGCCAUUUACAAAUGUAGGUGUCUAGUGUGUCCUCGUCAUCUCGUGAUCCCUUUGGGUGAAAUGUUAGACAUUUUAGAGAGCAACAUUAUCAAGAUUUAGGUUAAUUGAAGUCAUAGUUAACAUUGCGUUGGCAAUAUGUCUGCCGUAUGCGACAAGGGGAUUUCCAAGACAUGGAGGGUAAAAUGCAAUAUUGUGAAAGCAUGGGCAUUAACAGAGUUUCUCGGAAGAAGCUAACGAAGGUUUGUUAAAUCUGAUAUAGUUUUUGUAAGGGAUAAUUGUAAUAAGAUAAGAUAAGUUGACAUACUUUUGAAAUGAAACCCGUAUUAGAAAUAAGUGCUAAAUUUGUCUCUGUAGGCAAGAUUAGGGCAGAACAUCAACCUGUAAUUGAGUACCGUAUUCGACGUAAUAAGCGCCCAGGGCGCUCUCAAAAUAAGAAAUAGGGGGAUCUUAUCAGAAUGUUAUUUUGGUGGAAAAAACAGAGUUGAAAUAUAAAUUUUCGUGGUUUAUGCCGA